GAGAGAGCCGGGAAACACUCAUGAAUAUUUGCUUUCUAUAAUAAAAGCAAGAAUAAAAGCUAAUUUUCUGUGUCUAUUUUCGUAUGCUUCUGUAAAAUUUGUUUGUUUUUGUGCCCUAGGAACUGUGAUUUUGAUUUCUCAAAGGAUGCAGUGAGGUCGGCUGAUGGAGGAUGAUGUCAAUCAGGGCGGCGGCGGUGGCGAGCAGAACGGGCGUGUCAACGGCGCCGUCGGCGGCCGUCCGACCCCAUCCCCGGCGGGCGGCGCGCGGCCCAAGCAGCCCUCCAGGCCGCGGCCGCCUCCGCCCACCGAGGAGAGUGACGACGAGCCCCCGUCGCCGGCCGCGGCGCGGCGCGUCAACGGCCGUCCCGACCCGCGCCUGCUGCUCAGCCACAGCGCCAGCGAGUCCGACUGCGCGCUGGACGAGUGUGUGUACACGUACAAGGGCGACCGGCCGGCAGACGUGAACCGCAACCACCACCGGCCGCCGGCGCCGCCGCCGCCGCCGGCCGGCGGGCGCGUCUCGCCCGACCUGGACUUUCUCGAGAUGGACUUUGACCCGAGUGCGUUCGAUACGAGCGAGGAUGAGCUGGAGGUUCCGGCGGCGGCCGGCUGGACGGCGGAGGACGGCAGCUCGCCGCCGCCCCUGGCCAACGGGCCGCCGCCGCUCGAGUCGCCGUCCCCGCCCCCGCCCCCGCCGCAGCACCCUCCCCCGCCGCCGCUGGUCGCCGACGAGGCGCCGCUGGAGGUGGUGUCGUCCCCGUCGCCGUCUCCGCCGUCUCCGGCGGGUAGCAGCCGGUCUUCUCAGAGCUCCGGGUCGCGCACGCCGUCCCCCUCGCCGCCCAGCUCCCGGGCGAGCUCGCCGGGCGCGGCGGCGGCCGCGGCGCCCGCCGAGAACGUCAAGUUCAACCGGCUGUCGGCGGCCGGAUCCAACUCGGACGACAACCUGCGGUACAGUGACACCGGCAGCCCGGACAGUAACGCGGCCGAGGCGCGGCCCGGCCGCCGGCCCGCUGAGCACAAAGUCACCAACCGGCGCCUGGUGCGCUACAACCUCAGCUCGAGCAGCGCCCCGGCGGCCCCUCCGGCGGCUGCCGAGCUGCCCCCGCGACUCCCUCACAGUCGCAGCGAGCACAGUGCCGUGGAUGGCGGCUCGGACAAGUACCGGCACUGCUGCAGCAACGACCUGAGCGACCGCCAGCCGGGCGGCUGUCACGACCGACUUCGGCGCCGAGAGAACUCGGUGUUUAACAUCCCCGGAGGGGGAGGCGCCGGCGACCCCAACCUGCAGCAUGAUGGCUGUCACGGCGCGCCAGAAAAGGCCUUCAUGGCGCGCAAAGGCGCCGCCAACGCUGCCGACUCGGGGCUGUUUGAGAAUGGCUGUGAUCUCUCUGAGAAGGUGAUGAUCUGGACCGAAAUGGAGGCCUUCACGCGGCAGGUGACGCAGAUCGCCCGGUCCGCCUGCGGCGCCACUGCCGUCAUCAACGUGUUGCUGGCGCUGGGCUACCAGCCGGACCCGGCGGCGGCAGCGGCGGCCGUCAGCACCCGGCUGCGCCGCGAGGCGGCCCCGCUGGCCGACUACCUGUUCUCCCGGUCGGAGGCCGGUUGUACACACACGCAGCUCAUCGAGGGCGUCGAGACGCUCAGUGGCGGCGAGGUGUGCGGCCGGUUUUUCUGCAUGUACCCGCGGCGCAGUUUCCAGCUGGUGCGGUGGCUGGCCGGCUGGCUGCGCCGGGGCGCCGUGCCGGUGGCCACGCUGAACCUCCAGCGGGGCGUGCCGCCGCAACAGACCGUGCCAGACGCCUGGCAUCACCAGAUGGCCUUCGGAGUCGGGCCGCAGGGAGUGUACCUGACCAACCCGCUGGAGUGCGUGUCGGCCUCCCUGCUGGGUGAGCAGCUCUCGAGCGACUCGGUGCUGCUGGUCCGCAGUGAGGACGUCACCGCCCGGUGGCGGCACGGCUGCUCGCUACAGCCGCUCAUGACGGCCGAGGACCCCCGCUGGAGCAACAUGAACGUGCUAGGCCAGGUGGUGAACGUGCUCCGCGAGGCGUCCGACCCGCCGCCGCCGGGCGUGCGGCGCGCGCUGGCCGCGCACGUCACCAUCCCGGCCUGGUACCGCUCGGGCGUGACGCUGUUCGUGCGCCGCUCCUCGCCGCACUGCGCCGACCUGCUGCGCGAGCCCGAACUGCCGCGACUCGAGGACUGCUAGCCGGCCAGCGACCGACGACGGCCGAAACUCAGCCGCCGCACCAGCCCGCAGCGCCCGGUCGGACUUCGCACGUGAAAAACUGCAGGAUUUCGAACGGGAAAAUCAUCUGUGAUGGAAUGUUUCUUUCUUGGAUUGGUUGUAAUGCGGGGAAAUUGGUUGUAAUGCGGGGAAAGAAACUGAACAGUGGAAGGUUCUGGAGCUUUCGAUUUAUGAACGCCUUGUGGGUCGCUGUAGACGGAGUGUGGGACUCUGAGAAAUUGUGCUGCUGUACGGCGGGCGCCGGUCGUUUUUCGCAGCGGGCCGGUCUCCGAGUCGCUCUCUGCCAUGUCUCGUGCUGCCAAGUGUGUACCGGCCGUCGGGGAAGAUGGGUCCUUCAUUGUUUGUGUAUAUUGCAGAUCAUAUAUUUAUGUGCGCCGUAAUGCUCUAUGCAAAGUGUGUUUGUGUAAAUAUAACCCGCCAUAUCGA